AUGCUACGUCGCCAGUUUUGUCGAUAUGCAAGUACAUUCAGGAGUACUACAGCACUCAAACGGCCAGUUUUUGACAUCAGGGCCAUUCUAGCCAGAAGUGACGAGAUGAGGACCUCCAUGGAGAGACGUGGAGAGAGAGAUACCUCCAGAUUGGACUUCAUUCUUGAGAACAGACAGAAGGAAAUCGAUCUUCAGAACGAAAGAAAUAGAUUGGUUAACGAGAGAAAGUCAUUGGGAUCCCGGAUGGCUGGUUUGGUUAAGCAGGGCAAUCUGGAAGAAAAAGCUGACUUGCAGAACAAGUUACUAGACUUCAAAACCAGGAUUUCCGCCGUCGAGGCUGAUCUAGAUGCAUUGUCUGAGAAAAUCCACAACGCAGUUGAAUCUCUACCUAACUGGUUGGAUUGUAGUGUCCCACAAGACCCACUCGAGCCGGAGGUUGUGCAAGUAAUUGGAGGUACUUCUUUGAUGGAGAUCGAGAGCAGCAUGCCUGUGAACCAAAAUGACCACAAGAAGAUAGGUGAAGCGCUUGGACUCAUGGAAUUUGUUGCUGCAUCCAGGAUAUCUGGGUCCUCUUGGUAUUACUUGGUGGGUGACGGAGCAUUGUUAGAACAGGCUUUGGUUCAGUAUGCCCUUCGAAGAGCCCGCCAAAAGGGGUAUAGGAUGGUUGUCCCACCUUCGAUUGUAAAAUCUGAGGUUGUGAAUGCCUGCGGAUUCAAGCCAAAGGAUCAAAAUAACGAGAAACAGGUCUAUGAGAUUGAGGGAGAGGAUCUCUCGCUCACAGGCACAGCAGAGAUACCUUUAGGAGCCUUGCACUCGUCAUCCACUAUCGACCUUCCCAGAAAGUACGUCGGGGUGUCGAGAUCUUAUAGAGCGGAGGCAGGAGCUAGAGGAAAAGACACCACAGGGCUUUACCGAGUUCACGAGUUCACUAAAGUGGAGUUGUUCCAUUUCACAGACUCUUCAAGAUCUGAGAAGGAUUUGGAGGAACUUCGCCUCUUCCAGACUUCUAUCAUUGAGGAUUUGGGAUUACGGGCUAAAAUGCUCAACAUGCCAACUACAGACUUGGGGGCUCCUGCAAUGAAAAAGUACGACUGUGAGGCUUGGAUGCCUGGAAGAGGUUCGUGGGGAGAGUUGACUAGUUGCUCAAAUUGUGGAGAUUACCAAGCUCGUCGUUUGGGUAUUAGACAUAAGAACUCUGCAGGUAAGUUGGAUUAUGUCCAUACUUUGAACGGAACUGCCAUGGCUGUACCCAGAGUGAUUGUGGCCAUUAUUGAGCAGAACUACGAUCCACAGACCAAAAGUGUGAAGAUUCCAAGUCCUCUUGUACCCUACAUGGAUGGAAAAACUCACAUUACUUAA